AUGAGGCAUGCAGUGAGCGGCCGUCACCAGCAGAGUCAGCCCUCUCUUGUACGCGGAGAGUUGGGCUUCAAGCAGGAUGCGUACUGCUUCACCGCUCGGGUCGCGGUGUCUGGAAAAAUGGGGAAUCACGAGGCUGUGCAAGAGGCCUUUGAGAACGCCUGUCAGCACAAUGCUUGCACAGUUGCCGUGUGCAAUGCCGCCAUUGAGGCGCUCAGUAGAUGUGGCGACGUUGAGGGGGCCAUUGCUCUGUUUGAGGAGAGGAUGCAGUCCCUGGGCAUAGCACCUGAGACGGCCACAUUCAAUGCCCUGAUCCGCGCAGUGGGACGGUCUAGACGAUCUGAUCUUGUCGGCAGAGCUGCAGCGUACUUCAGCAGGCUGUGUGAGCUGGGCUUGCAACCGGACAAGUACACCUUCAGCGCCUUGUUCAACACAGCCUACCACUGCAAACUGCUGGAUGGCGCCUUCUUGUUGCAGGCAAGUCUUGUCGCAUUGUCAGAGGUGCCAUACUUUGGCGUGCGCCUGAACAGCCGCAUCAUGUUCACGUUCCUGCAGUCGGCCUGGGGGGCGCACUUCACGAGGGAGCAGGUUGUGCGAGUGUUUGCAGAGGUGGCCGCCAUGCGCGCCCAGAUGCAGCCUGACAGGAGCGUCUAUGCGGCGCUGCUGAUCUUUGCAGAGCGCCAAGGCGUGCCAGAGCAUGCCCUUGAUGUCUGGGAAGCAAUGCAGCAGGACACCACAACGCCUGAUGCGUUUCUCUUCUCUGCACUCUUCUCGGCAUGCGCGUCCGGCCGAACGCCUGACCUUCUGGACCUGGCUGGCAAGGCUGAAGCCGACAUGCACAUGCGCCGCUCCUCACACAACCAAGGGCAGCGCAGCAACCUUCAACACAAGCAGGAUUGGCUGGUGGCAUACAAUGCUCUGCUGAACCUCCAUGCCAGGAGCAGGCAAGCCAGCGCAGCGGAGGCAGUGUACCAGGGCAUGCUGCAGAAUGGCCCAAAGCCAGACAGCAUCAGCGUCAACACGCUCAUUGCAGCCCAUGCCGAGGUGGGCAAUGCUGAUGCAGCAUUUGAGCGUUUCAGAGAGAUGCAAGGAAUGGGGCUGUCGACCAACAAGAGCACAUACGGGUCGCUGCUGCACUGCUGCGCCCAGGUCGGCAACCACAAGAGCGCGGCUCGUGUGAUGCAGAUGAUGCGUUAUGCCGGCAUACAGCCGACUGUGGAGGCUUACACAAGCCUCAUGGACGCAUGCGUGAAGACUGGCACGCCUGACAGCCUCUCCCAGGCUUUCCAGGUGUUUGAGGAGAUGCAGCAGGAGGGCGUGGAACCAACGGCUGUGACGUACGGCUGCCUGCUGGUGGCCUGUGAGCAGCUGGGGGACGUGGAGCGCGCGUUCCAGCUGUACAAGCAGGCCUGUGAGCGUGGCAUUGUGCCCACAGACGAGUGCCACAACAUCCUCAUCAACGUCUGCGCAGCUACUGGCAGGGUGGAUGAGGCGCUGGAGCUGGUGAAGGAGCUGGCCCGCUCGCACCGAGCGAUGCAGGCGGCUUCGCUAAACAGCGUGGCGCGCGCAUUGGCCGCCCACAACGUGGCGCGCGCUCUGCGCAUGGUGUCCUUCAUGACCACGCUGGGCCUGCCCACCUACCACCAGACCACCAUCACCCUUAUUGGCGCCUGCGCCCGCCAGCACCGCGCCGCCGAAGCAGAGGACCUCUACUGGGGAGUGAGGAAGCGAGGGAUGCUGGUCACGCGUAGCGCUGGGUCAGACCUCAUUGUGGCCCUGUGCAAGGCGGGCUGGGCAGGCAAGGCCCUUCGGGUGUACCGGGACAUGAUGGCCUCUGCCUGGGGAACAUCCACUGGGGCCGCCAAGCAUGCGCACAGCGGAUCCUCCCAGCAGGAGGCCGAGCCACCUGUUCAGACACAUGCACAUGGCCACAAUGAGGCACCAGCAGCUGCUGAUCCUUCCCAGCAGUCCAGCCAACGGAGAGCUGUUCCGUCAGCCCACAGCCACGCUGAGCGCCCCAUAUGCAGCACUUCAGGCGACGAUAAUCCCCUGACGGACAGCAGCGACAAUGAUACAGAGCAGAGGGCAGGGAAUAUCGAGCAGGACAAGCUUUCAGCAGGGGAAGACACUUGCCCACUGUGUCAGCCGCCUGCGAAUCCCAUGCCCACGCUUGUUGCACCUGUGCGGAGAGCCAGCUUGCGCCCCAGCACUGCCAGCGAACCAGAGCUAGCUCUGAAUGCAAAGCACAGAAAGCCCAGUCAGCAUGUGGUGAAGCAGAAGGGCCAGCCAAUCCUCAUUCCCCACAUUGCUGCUGUGGGAGCCCUGGUCGGCGCGCUGGCGCGCAGCGGAGACCUUGACACCGCUUUGGAGCUCUAUGACCAGGUGGGACGAGACAAAGCUGGCGCCGAGCGCCUCACCAUGAUGGAUCGAUCGAUGUGGCAGUCGCUGCUGGAAACCUGCUGUCACGCAGGCCGAAUGGCCACGGCAUUGCAGGUGUUUGAUGACUGGAAAGCGCAUGUGAGCCAGAUGGAGGAGAGCGGCGUGGAACCAGCUAAGCUGCCCAGGCUGUCCAAUGUGACUCUGGCUUUUCUGGAAGCCAGCUGCAGGGGAGAGCAUGAGUGGCGCGUCUUUGAUGUGUGCGCCGCGAUGCGGCAACAGAGUGAGAGGAAGCGGCAGGCGCAGCUGGUCAAGCCGCGCAAGCUCUCGCAUCAUUUCCUGGAUGCAGAGUGA